GCGAGCCAGGUUGACUGUCGAGCCUUGCAAAUAGAGCUUUGCUGAAGAAAAACCCUAUCUGUUUUCUGAAUCACAGAAUUAAAUACUAACAACCUACUGAUAAAAAGGAAUGGAGUCAAAAAACAGUCGGCCCAUCUUCCCUUGGUACAAGGAAAGGUUGCAGACCAAGUAUCUUAAAGCACAGACAAACAAGAUUUCCUCAGCCAGCAGCUGUUGCCGUUUUGUAAACACGAGCCUCGAGGACUUCGGUGAUUGCUCAUCAGUCCCAUCAGGGGCCCAGACAGGCGUCUCACCAGUCAUUUUCCAUGACGCUCCAAACAACAACUCCAGUCAAAAACAGAGAAGGUCAGUGUCUAAAGAGCAUGCCUGCUUCUCAAAGCAGAUGAUCCAAAAGCAGAUACGCAGAGAAUAUGUCGCUGCUGUGGAGAAAAAACUCAAACAGCAUCCCCUUGUUAAGUUCCCACACUAUAAGGAUCACAUGACCCCAGAGUUAUUUGAUAAGGUGGUAUCCGUUUUGGAUCCAGACGUGUGCGUAAGUAGCGCCUCUGCACUUCCUACUCCCGCAAAAGAAGAUGAGGAAGACACAGAGCCAAGAAAGGAAGACGUGGGCAGAAAAAAACACAAUAAAAUCUCCAAGGUUCAAAGUCCAACUCCAAGAAACCCCUAUGUGCUACAAAUGAAAGGAAAUGGUAUCAAGAAUGGCCGGACAGUCGCAGUAAACCAACUGUGUGCCAAUCAGGACAUGACAUCAGCUGCCAGGCUCUUCACUAAAUGGUUUGCCUCACCGGUAAGAGCAAAGGAAGUGAGAGGAACACAUUCAUUUAACUGUUUCACAAAAAUAUAAUACAAUUGUGAUACAUGAUGGAAUCAUAUUUGAUUACUGCAGGAUGAAGAGACAAAUGUUUCUGAUAAGAUUUGACAGUGACUCUUCAUCACCAACUUCCCCCAUUCAAGUGGAGGACGCCAUCAGUUCCGCAGGCCAUGAAUGAAAUCCUGUCAUAGCUACAGACAAACUGGACAGUUAUAAUUCAAAAGCCCUUGAGCUAAAUAAAGUACAAAAAGAGUGACAUUUACAGAAUCCUCAGCCAAAAAAUUUAAGUUGAAUACAAUUUUUGAUGGAUGCCAAUUAGAAAAAAAUCCAAAGCUAGACUUUAACAAGUGUUAAGAUUAGCACUACCGUCUGCCUCCAGAUCUCAAGACAAUUCUUGUCUUGUUGACAGAAUGAGGAGCUGAAACAGAUGUAUGUAACCUUAGCUGUUAGGAGUUAUCCAAUCCACAAAGGACUACGUCUGUCAAGGUUCAAAGGUACGGACUAAACAUUUAGGAGGGGUUUCGAAAGAGCAGUGUCUGAGUUCGCAGCAGGAAAUGAUGUUUAAACCCACAUUGUAGAAAGAAAAAAGGAGAAGUGUGUAUGUCACAGUAAUUCCUUUUCUGAAAAAAAAAAAAAAAACAAAUUCAAGAGAAGGUUGGGUCUGUUUCUGGACAAUUAAGUGCUGUGUGUAAGCAGAGGUUUUAAGUUUUAUUGUUGUCGGCAACCAACUUUGGC